AUUUUGCUUGGUGUGGGAAACAUGUUGGCAGCACUAUUCUGUGCUUUUUUGUCUGGAUGAAAGAAGAAGUGAGUGAAUGAGUGGAGGAAGGAAGGUGUGGUGUGUGUAUGUAGUUGUGCCCUUUCUUUCAUUCUCAACGGUGUUUCAGUCAUGCAUAUAGCGAGGGCUUCCAAAAGAGGGACACUGGCUUAUCGAUUCGGUUUGGACACUGAUGAGGCUUGUGCCCGUCAAGGGAUAAAUGUAGAUAGCCAUAAGACAGACAGACAGACGACACCUUAUUCAUUCAUGUAAGCAUCAAUCAACGUCAUUGCUUGGGACACGAGACUCGAUCAACAAUCAACAGAUCGUCAGUGAAACACACCAGAUGCGCCCAAGACAUUCGCCCAAGGCAUUCGCCCAUUCCAGCGCUGCAGGCUCGUGACUCGACCCGUUCUCAUCUUUCCUUCUCCGAGACAAAAUCGCAAUCAAGACUAGAAGAUUGUGUGUCCAUUCCUCGUGGUUCCGUGCACACACACACACACACACACACACACACACACACACACACCCAUUCCGAUCUACGAAUAGAUCCCCGUCUUCGUUUACCCCUGCAGGGUCACGAUCCUCCUAAAGUUUAAUUGAUUCAUCGCGCACGCGUGGGUCGGAACUCUCCCACCUCAUACCUACUGGCUACCAGCGAAGGCCUCCUGCUUUACCCCCCCCCCCCCCCCCCCCCCCGAAAUCACAACAGGUACCACCACGCAUGCCCCGAGCAUGGCGCCGGUGAAGCGCAAACGACUCCACGACGAACCCGAACCGCCUCCUCCCCCCACCGCCGCCGCUGCCGAGCCGAUGACGCGUCGCGCAACGCGUCAAACUCCGAUCCUGCCUCCUCCGAUCCCGACCUCCACCACCGCCUCUCAACCGUACUUGCAGCCCUCGCUCCCCGCCGCCGUCGCCGAGGAGAAGAACCCCGGCGGACAUCGCCCCUCGAAUUCAAGACCACAGCCGCCGGCCAAAUUCUCCGAAACCCCUAUCCCUAUACCGAAGCACCCGUCCUCUUCGACGGCGCAUCCUCCACCACUUCAAAAACCGUUCGUUCAAUCGACAAGCCAGCAGCCGUCGGUUCCUACGGUCCCGGAUUCCCGUGUUGCAGCGCGUCAAAGACACGGAGGCGCAGCCGACCCUCCAACGAUGGCGGCCAAGGAGGCAAAGGAAAACAUGAGGCCCAUGACGCUCGUCGCGCCCAAGAUCACAUACCAAGCGCCGCAAACGCAACUCCACCGGACAGGUAGUCUCGUUCGACCUAGCCCUCCCACUGGCCAGCCGCCCAUCACGCAGCACUUCCGACCCGUGUCAACGCGACCAUACCACACCAUCCCCAUGACCGUCACUGCCGUGCCCGUCCCUGUGCCCCCCACGUCGUCAUCGACACAUUCGAAACCCGUCCAGCCCCCAGUAGCGGUGGCACAGCGGACGGUGGACAAGUCAGCCCCGCGGACGGACCGCAACAUCGACAAGGUGAUGCUCGGCAACAUCUGCUUCCGUGCGUGGUACCCCUCAUACUACGGCAAGGAAGUCCUUGGCGACGCCGCGGGCGCCAAGGGCGGUGCCGGCAGCAAGAACUCGCUGUCCCACGACCUCGCUGGCGGCACCAACAACAACAGCGGGGGCGGCGCAAAGAAUAACCAGCGCAAAGGUGCCGACGCCCCCAUGCUCGACAGGCUCUACGUAUGUCCCGUGUGCUUCAAGUACUCGAAGGAGCUGGUGGCGUGGUGGGGCCACGUCCGCGUGUGCGAGCGCGCGGGGACGGUCCCGGGGAGGAAGGUCUAUGUUCACCCGCGCGGCAGGAGACUGGUGCGAAAGGAGAUUGCGCGGACAACAGGGAAGAAAACGAACGUUGCGCCCAAGUAUACCGAGGAGUACGUCACGGACGAGGGAGAGUGGAGUGUGUGGGAGGUUGAUGGCGAGCAGGAUGUGCUCUUCUGCCAGAACCUCUCGCUUUUCGCCAAGCUCUUCCUUGACAACAAAUCUGUCUUCUUCGACGUUCGCGGCUUCAACUACUUCCUCCUUGUCUACACGCCGCCGCCAAAAGCCGACAGUCCGGACCCGCCGCCGCGCCCGCACAUCGUCGGCUUCUUCUCCAAGGAGAAGAUGUCGUGGGACAACAACAACCUCGCCUGCAUCCUCGUGUUCCCGCCGUGGCAGCGCAAAGGCCUCGGCGCGCUGCUGAUGGGCGUGUCGUACGAGAUCUCGCGGCGCGAGGGCGUGCUCGGCGGGCCGGAGAAGCCCAUCUCGGAGCUGGGCCGCAAGGGGUACAAGCGGUUCUGGGGCGGCGAGGUCGCGAGGUGGCUGCUCGACUGUCCGACGAACGGGAGGGGUGGUGGAGGAAACGCCGACCCGGCGAUGUUGGUCGAUGUCGAGGACUGCAGCCGAGCGACAUGGAUCACGUUGGAGGACUGUCUCGGCACGUUGCGGGAGAUGGGGGUCGUCGUGGAGGCUGGCAAGGGGCCCGGGAAGCCUCGGACGAAGAACAAGAAGAGGAAGAAGGGUAGCGAUGACGCGGAAGCAGAGGAUGGGGAAGGAGAUGAGGACGUGGAGAUGGAGGGUGCGGGGCCUGAGUCCGAGCCCGAACCCGAGCCACGGCCGGACGUGCCGCGGGUCAGGGUUGACAAGGCGGCUGUCUGGGCUUGGGUUGCCGCGAACGGGGUGAGCCUGGAGAAGGUGUGCGAUCCGGACGGGUUCGUGGAGGGGUAUGCUAUCAAGGAGCCGGACGCGGAAGAGGACGACGAGUGAAAGAUACCCAAUAGCAAUUUCUCAUAUGAAAGCCAUGUUCCCCAUCAUCACGGUUGUGCUUUUGGGGGAGCUCUGAAGUGUCUAGCGAGUGGAUGGUGAUGUUGCACACUGCCUCUAGGCGGCGGGAAAGGCAAGCCUGAGAAGCGGCUUCUUGGGGCCGGAAUUGCCCUCCUCCCAUCAAUCCAUCCCCAUAUACUGCUGGACUGGGCACACGAAAGACACAGAACCAUGUCCUUGUAGACAGCGUGUUUAACGAGACUAAAGUAUUCAAUAUUCUCAAAGUGGCUGGCGUACCUGGAGGAAUGUGUAUUCAUCACCUGGCGUCGCUCGUGUCGCAUGUGAUAAUUUCCGUGAUGAUGGGGUACCCUUCUGUCUGUCUCCUUACUGCGUGCCGGCUGGCCAGCUAGUCUUCCUUCCCAUCGUCCCACGGCUCGCCCUCUACACCUAUAUGAACCUCUCCCUAUCUUUGCUGGAAAGAUGUGUGUGAUUUGCGAUGUGCUGGAGGGAUGCCGAGCUGCACUCACCAAACGAAUCUCCCACCGGAAGCUUUUGAUCCUGAUGGUCGACCAGCCACGACUGUCUAUGCAUUGUCUCCUAUCCCCGGGGCCCACGGUAAGGGGAAAUUUACGGCGAGAGGGCGACUAGAAAGGAAGACCAUGUGUCGUUGCGUGGUCUGCUUUAGCUUCUUCGUUUGGGACUUGUGUAUCGACAUGGUCAGUUACUCGGGUACGGAGUAUCGAGACUCACUUGGAGCUCCCCAAGUCUCGGUCGACUACUAUCUCGUCUACUCAGAAACGUCGUCAUCUAGUAGGGGGGGAUAGAAAAAAACAAACAUAUCCCCGUCCAGCUCGAGUCAUCGACUCAUCCCAUGCAUAUACAUCCAUAGCUUCUCGAGCGCCCACCCUCCAUGCGAACAUGCCAUCCCUAGCACAGCAUCCACAGCACUAGCUGGCGAACUUGCGGGACUCGUUCCCCGUGGGGGCGGGUCGAACAUCCAGAGUGUCUUCCGUUUUGUGGUCUGGGCGUGAUGGCGUCGACAAGACCCGGUCCGUCCACGGCCUCUGUUUGACUCGAGUCUAACAAGCUGCUGGCUGUAGCUGGACGAGUCCCUGGAGGCCAUUAACACCCACGGCGCCAUCGGGCUGACUCACGACGGAGCACGCCCGUUUGCUCAACAACAAACACCCACAAACACCGGGCAAACCAUCCUUCAACCCCACAUAUCCCAUCUUCACAGUAUCAGCCAACCACCAGUUUCUCCCGUUGAUGGCACCUGCAAGCCGCAUGCUUCCUAAGUGACUU